UCUGCUACCCAUAAGGAGUCGAGACAGGAUGGCGUCCUCCAGCUCUGAGCCUCUUUUGGGCCCUCACAGUAGGUGUACCAGGCACCAAUACCAUUGUGUCAAAAGAAAGAUGCGGCCUGGACGGAUUCUGGGCUUCAUCAUCAGUAUGGUGGCGGUCUGCACAUUCUGUUCAUGGAGUGCCUUCUCGCUGGUCACAACGGUGGCAAAGGAGCUGGAAUCGUCCGCUGAGGGCUCAGCAGAAGCGGCAGUGCCCCAAAGAACUCUUCUGCAGUACCAUAACAUCUCAGCCGCACCAGAGGACACACCUGUUGCCAUGCAAUCAUCUGAAAUAGAGAUGAAUCAUGGGGACUACCCAACAGACUUAUUCAGCGUGGAGGACAGACGUCAGGGCUAUGUGGUUUUUCAUAUGUUUGGCAUGUUCUACAUGUUCAUAUCCUUAGCCAUUGUCUGCGAUGAAUUCUUUGUUCCUGCGCUCACUGUCAUCACAGAGAAGCUGCAGAUUUCUGAUGAUGUAGCAGGAGCCACCUUCAUGGCGGCAGGUGGCUCAGCCCCAGAGCUCUUCACGUCUGUCAUAGGAGUCUUCGUCUCCCACAGUAACGUGGGUAUCGGUACCAUUGUGGGCUCUGCCGUCUUUAACAUCCUGUUUGUGAUCGGGAUGUGCGCCCUGUUCUCCAAAGAGGUGCUGAACCUCACCUGGUGGCCUCUGUUCAGAGACGUAUCGUUCUAUAUUGUUGGCCUGCUCAUGCUCAUCUAUUUCUUUCUGGAUAAUGAAAUCACGAUUGGGGAAAGUAUUGGCCUGCUGUCUUGCUACACCUGCUACGUGACAUUCAUGAAGUUUAAUGCCAAAGUAGAACUUUUCAUCAAGGGCCUCCUGGGCAGCAACCAGGUGAAGGAGCUGGAGACUGCACCAAAGGUAAAUGAAUCUGGAGAUGAUGAGAACAAGCUGACGGCCAAACCAAGGCUGCAGAGGGAAGUCAGCUGUGCCUCUCUGCACAACACACUGAUGAGAAACAGCAUCUUCCAGCUCAUGAUACACACCCUCGACCCUCUCAGUGACGAAGGACGUUUCAAAGAGAAGGCAUCAAUCCUUAACAAAAUGGCCAAGCAGAAGUGUAAAGAAGAAGCUGCCAGUGCCAACGGUAUAGCUGAUAAAAACAUCCCCAACAGUUCAAAUGUUGCGGUGGAAGUCACACCACCCAUGAACGGUGUUGGUGGUGAGGAAGAGGAGGAUGAAGAACAGCCUCUGAGCCUGGCCUGGCCUGAAACAAAUAGGAAACGGCUCACCUACCUCUUCAUCCUGCCCAUCAUCUUUCCACUGUGGUUAACCCUGCCUGACGUCAGAAGAGAGACCUCAGCAAAGUUCUUCCCCAUCACUUUCGUCGGCUCUAUUAGUUGGAUUGCUAUCUUCUCCUACCUGAUGGUGUGGUGGGCUCACCAGGUUGGAGAAACAUUCUAUAUCACAGAGGAGAUAAUGGGUCUGACCAUAUUAGCAGCUGGCACUUCAAUCCCUGACCUGAUCACCAGUGUGAUUGUAGCGCGAAAAGGCCUCGGUGACAUGGCCGUGUCCAGCUCUGUGGGCUCCAACAUCUUUGAUAUCACUGUGGGUCUGCCGUUCCCCUGGCUCAUCUACAACAUCAUCCACGACUUCAAGCCGGUAGAGGUGAGCAGCAACGGCCUGUUCUGCGCCAUCGUCCUCCUUUUCCUCAUGCUUCUCUUUGUCAUCAUCUCCAUCGCGGCUUGUCGUUGGAGAAUGAGCAAGUUUCUGGGCUUACUCAUGUUCGUGCUCUACUUCGUCUUCCUCAUCGUCAGCGUCAUGCUGGAGGACAAAAUCAUCAGCUGCCCCGUCACCAUAUGAGAGAGAGCGACUUCCACUGGAUGUCGGAAAGCAGAAAUUGAGCGCAGAUGUGCUCACGUGUACCAUGAUUUACUAUAUGAGUGGAAAAACAUGCUCACACAGACACAAACCGUGUCUUAUCUGUCUCACUUAUAUACACAGUAGAAGACUGCAUACACACAGACAGACACACACAUUCAAGUACCAACAUCUUCACGUAAAAGGUAAAGAAAACACACAAACACACACACACACACACACACACACACACACACAGUCACAUACAUAUAUACACGUACACAGGUUGUGGAUGCCAGUUAGUGGCAGGCAGAGGCACUGACUUAAAUAAACGCUGCAUAUUGAGACCAGUGCAUCACAGCUGUACAACAGUGGCAUACAAGCAUGUAAGUCAUUAACAGACUUUAUGCCACCCAGGAGGGACUCCUCUCUCUUCGUACCACGUGACUACAUUCAGUAGCCGCUAUUGGUUGAAUACUGAUGGACAGGUUAUGUGAACGGGAUGGAAAUUUCGAUUGAAGAUCACCAGAGAUUGUUGUUUUUUCAAUUGAAGGACCGUGUGGCAGUAUAAAAAGUAUCUCCACUGCUCAUGCAGGCAGCCAAGUUCAGCAUAUAAACUGAGUAUGGAGGCUUAAAGAGACUUUAUUUUUUGUUUUAAAGGGCAGUGGGGAAGAAAAAAAGAGAGGGCCGGAGCAAUACAUAUAUGUGAUAGCUGCUCAAUAUACCUUUUAGAUGUUAACUGUGUUGAUUCCACCUCCUUUAUGGCUUUGCAAGGUCAUUGAAAGAGACAUAUCCAGUGUUAAUUACUUGUGUGUCUUCAAAUACAGUAUAUUUGACGACAUAUUUGGCAUAAAUGGUUACUUUACAUCUCAUUCAUGAAUAUCUAUAAUAGGAUACAUUAAAUGCUAAAUAGUUACAAUAGAGCAUGUAAGGGAUAAUGUAGAGCAAGUGGGCCAUUAUCCCGCCUUUCACAUGGCUACCUACUAAAGAAAUCAAUAAUUUGACAUCAAAUAUUAAUAUAAAAUGAUUUUAUUGAUGUAAAAAUGGUCCUCUGUGAUCAAAACUACACUACCGGUCAAAAGGUUGGGGUCACUUAUGAAA